AUGAAUUCAAGAAUUAUAACUCUCAAACUGGCUUCAGCAGAGAGUAUAGCAUCAAACGGGUGCAAAAUGAUUAUUGGAGAUUUAGAGAGCGAGCAUUGGGCUGAAACUGUAUGGGCCAGAAGCAAUAUUCCUAAACAUAGCUUCAUGUACUGGAUGGCUAUUCAAGAUAGACUGAAAACCAGAAGCAUGCUCAAAAAGAUGGGCAUACUUGAUACUGAGGACUGUUUGCUUUGUGGUAUGCAUGAGGAGAACAUCAGGCAUCUUUUCUUUGACUGUGUUUAUAGUAGGAAAUGCUUGGAGCAGGUUAAAAAUUGGCUUGGAUGGCAGGCCAACAUAAAUAAUUUACCAAGUGCUUCCAGGUGGAUCAAUAGAGCAAAGAUUACUAGAUUUAAGAAGAUCAUUUAUGCGGCAUUGCUGGCAGGGUUAGUGUACAACAUCUGGAGAUGCGGAAAUGAGGUCUUGUGGUAUCAAAAGUUGGAAAAACCUGAGAUUAGCAUUGUUAAUUGCUGUUAUCAGACAUGUUUUGGUGGGAUUAAAUGUAGGUGGCAUGUCUUUUGA